CAGCGACACAGCUGGUGGCGCCAUUUACCAGCUGACCGGUUUCGGUAGGUGUCAUAACACCCGGCGCUCUUGUUUAUCUUUGUCAUCUCCAACGUCGUUUAUCGAGAUCUUGUGUCGGCGUUCCAACAAAGAUCACUCUCUUUUUUAUCGACUGUCUUUUUGCCUGUGUUAUUUUUUUUUUUAAUCUGCAACAUCAUCACCAGCAUGCCCGCCCCCAGCCGCAUCCUCUCGCUGGCGGCUGCCGCGGCUCUUUGCACCGCCCACAACAGCCAAACGCCGCUCAAUGCUCCUGGAGCUUCUACAGAGCUCCAGCUCGAGGCUGUUGAGAUGCCAGGGCUGUCUGACUAUGCCACCAAGCCCAUUGUCGACAGCCAGAUGCUCCAGGACUCCAUCAAGAUCAAGACGUUGUACAAGCGUGCCGAGCACCUCUACCAGAUUGCUAAGCUUUCCGAGCCCGAGUUCAACCAUCCCACACGAGUGAUUGGAAGCAAAGGCCACGAUGCCACCCGCAAGUACAUCAUCGACACCCUCGAGUCCCUCGGCGGCUACUACAACGUCUCGACCCAAGACUUCCCUGUUGUUAUGAGCCAUGUUUACGAAUCCCGCCUCGUGAUUGGAGAUGUUGUCUCCAAGUCCGCUCGUCCCAUGGGUCUGACUCCUCCUACCAAGAACAACCAGCCUGUCUUUGGCCGCGUCACCCUUGCCAAGAACAACGGCUGCAGCCCGUCGGAUUACGCAUCGGAUGUCAAGGGCAGCAUUGUGCUCAUUGAGCGUGGCGCUUGCUCCUUUGCCGACAAGUCCAUCCAGGCUGGCAGGGCUGGUGCCGCCACUGCUGUCAUCUACAACACUGACGACGGUGAGCUCAACGGUAGUCUGACAGAGGCUACCGAUGACAUGGUUGCAACAUUUGGCAUUGACGGCAAGGAGGGUCAGCAAUUCGUCGAAAAGUUCAAGAGAUCUACCAGCCCUCUCGAUGGUAUUACCUAUGUCGACUCCGAGGUCAACAAGUUCAGCACCACCAAUAUCAUUGCACAAACGGCCAAUGGUGACGCUGACAACUGCGUCAUGCUUGGCGGUCACAGCGACAGCGUUGGUGCUGGUCCUGGUAUUAAUGACGAUGGCUCAGGCAGCUUGACCACUCUGGAGAUUGCUGUCCAGCUGAGCAAGUUCCGCGUUAACAACUGUGUCCGCCUUGCCUGGUGGUCCGCCGAGGAGGAAGGUCUCUGGGGCUCUUCCUUUUACGCCAAGAGCUUGUCUCCAGAGGAGAACCAAAAGGUUCGCCUUUUCAUGGACUACGACAUGCUUGCCAGUCCCAACUUUGCCUACCAGAUCUACAACUCGACCAACGACAACAACCCUGCUGGCUCAGAGGAACUUCGUGACCUUUACAUCAAGUUCUACAAGGAUAACGGCCUCAAGUACACUUUUAUCCCCUUUGACGGCCGUAGUGAUUACGUAGGCUUCUUACGCAGCGGUAUUCCUUCGGGUGGUAUUGCUACUGGUGCUGAAGGUAUCAAGACCAAGGAGGAGGAAAAGAUGUUUGGCGGCAAGGCUGGUGAUUGGUACGAUCCUGCCUACCAUCAGCUUGAGGAUGAUGUUGGCAACCUGAACCUGACUGCGUGGGAAAUCAACUCCAAGCUUGUCGCACACUCUGUCGGUACCUACGCUCGCUCUUUCAAAGACUACCCGAAGCGCGUUGCUAGCGCCGCGACCGCCUCGCAGCAAGAGUUUAAAUACCGUGGUGGUUCUUUGAUUAUGUAAAUGGUGUUAAGCCGCAUUAGCAUAGAAACAGGCCGUAUGUAGCAUGCCAAAUCUAACGAGCAUCUUGAAUAGUACACUAUGUCCAUGUUAAUAGUACCUCUAUUAUGGAGACAUCUAUCGUGUUCGAUCGAGCAAUAAUUUACUUCAUUUUCUCCCACUACGCAUUUCGAAUAGCAACUCGCUCAUUGUUAACACUGUGCAGUAGUAAAAGGAAUAGCGAGUGAGAAGACUAGCCACUACAGCCGUAAC